UUGAGCCUUUGAGGGCGGCAUGAGAGGCAUUAGAAGCAGCUACGACUUAUAAAAACAAAAAACGAACGGCUUCAACAUUUGCUUCAUUCUCCACUCCUCAAUUUUCAUUAUUAAAUUACUCCUAAUUUCUCAUUUUCUCCUUCUUUUUCACUGCUAAUCAAACGAAAAUAAAAUCAAAUAUGGCAAUUGGUGUUCUUGCUUUCCAGGGUUCUUUUAACGAACACAUAGCAGCGCUGAGGAGGGUUGGAGUGAAAGGAGUGGAAAUUAGGAAGCCAGAACAAUUAGAGAAUGUUGCUGCCCUUAUCAUUCCUGGGGGUGAAAGUACCACCAUGGCUAAACUUGCCGAGUUAAACAACAUGUUUCCUGCAUUGAGGGAGUUUGUCAAGAUGGGCAAGCCAGUAUGGGGAACUUGUGCAGGGCUGAUUUUCUUGGCAAAUAAAGUUAUUGGCCAGAAAACUGGUGGGCAGGAACUUGUUGGUGGCCUUGAUUGCACAGUCCACAGAAAUUUCUUUGGCAGUCAGAUACAAAGUUUUGAGGAAGAGAUCCCUGUGCCGUAUAUUGCAGAUAAAGAAGGUGGUCCUCUAGGUUUUCGUGCUUUAUUCAUCCGUGCUCCUGCUAUCCUUGAAGUUGGCUCAGAAGUUGAAGUUUUGGCAGAAGUUCCUAUUCCUGACAAAGUUAAGAAUUCAGACAUGAUAAAGGAGAUUCAAGAGGUGAAUCUUGAAUCUGUAAACAAAGUGGCUGUAGCUGUAAAGCAAGGAAAUUUGCUAGGAACGUCCUUCCAUCCUGAAUUGACUGCUGACAGUAGAUGGCAUUUGUACUUCAUAAAAAUGGUAAACGACCUUAGAGAAGAGACCAUGACUGAUACAGAGUCCGAGACUUCAAGCAGUAUCAUCAAAGCAGGAGACUUGAAUUCCUUGCAAGAUACAAAGAUUGAACUCCCCAUAUAUUCUUAGCACUCUCUUGUAGCCUGCUUCUAAUUUAAAGAUUUAUUAGGAUAAUCUUAUGAAGAUAUAGGUUACUUAUUUUUCACUUUGAAAUGAUUGUCCAUAUUCGAUAUGUGCUCACACGGUCACACCAACAGAAGUUGGCUUCAUUAAUUUUUCAAGGGUUUUGUCAAUGUCAAUCA